UGUAUAAAGAUGCAUCGAUUGGAGAUAGAAAGUUACUUGAGCAAACAAUGAUCGGAAAUCUUGGAGGUGAAUUCGCUUCUCCACCAUCUGGGCAGCUCAACAACGCGAUCCUCUGCAACGACAAAAGCAAAAGAUAGGCUCGUACACUACUGGUCAAGAUUGUAUCCUCCACUUACACAAUUCCUCCAAAUAUGAAUUUGCAAAUGGUAUGGUGUGUCGUGUCUGCUACUGUGUGUGGCCCGUGCACUCGACGCCGCAGCCGACGGUCUCGCCGCAAAUUGUUCCACGACUCUGGCGAGUUCAGAACAGAGCAUCACAAUCACACCCUCUACUUACAAGUGCUUUGCGCAUAUGCACUGUGUCUCACCGCCGAGAUCUCGAAUAUAAGAUAGGAGUAAGUGCGCACCCGUCAGUGCACAAGACGUUCCGGCGGAAGGUACGCCCCAUACGGUACUGCCGAAGCUCGUCCGCCCGAAGCCUCCGACUCGAGCUCGGAGUAUCAGGCUUGUCAGCGACGCCCACACUGCUCCCGCUCCCUCCUCUCGCCAAAUCACCUGCAACAGAUAGUCAUCGCGCAGCGAUACAGGUAGGAAAUCUGGCUCUGGCAGAGAAGAACAAAGGUCAAGCCUACUGGUUACAACAACGUCUGACCGUCAAUGCGCCUCGCUCUUUCGCCCGUCGCUCAUGCGCACGGUGCUUCAUAUUCUGGUUGAGGUUGAUGCCCUCGUACAUUGGAAGGUGAUCGGUGUCGCCAGGUUCGGUGUUGCUGUCGAGACUGUAUCCCAACGGGAGGGGCUGGCAUCGUUGUGGCUGGCGUCUCUGCCCCAAGUCCACCUCGUGCCAGGCAAUAUAUAUGUGAGAGGCCACAGAGCUCGCUUGACAUGGCAGAGA